AUGUUCGGAGAGUCUGAUUCCGAGUCGCCUCGCUUGUCAUCGCCGUGGGAGGCUUUUUCCACUUCGCCUUCUCCAUGUCCUGGACUCGCGUCUUCACUGUCUUCGAGUGCGAGCUCGUCUGAUAUUGAAGCUGAGCUUGCUCGGCGAUUGCAGACUGAAGUCCCGAGGUUGGUGCCCGAAGUCGAGGAGGGAAACGUCGAGUACAAACUCAAACUUACACCCUCGCCCGAACGCCUAACCCGGCUCAUCACUCAGCUUAAAUGGCGACUGCUCGAAGGAGGCGGCCAAGCGCUGUACGAAAUCGGUGUCGGGGACGGGGGCCAACUCGUUGGUUUGCCACGACACGAAAUGGAAGGCAGCUUGGAUACGCUCGAGAAGAUGGCUGGCGAACUGGGAGCGACGGUCGUGAUUCUCAGGGAGAUUGCUGUCCCCCACGGGGUCGGUUCCCAUGUUGGAUCGGAGGAAGCAGACGCUCGACUGCUUGCGACGCCUGAUAUCGCACGAUCGACUUGUGCUUCGAUCUCUGCUGGAUCCGGGGACGAUGAGCUUGAGGCGUUCUCGCUUGAGCUUGAUACGGAGGACAGCAAGCUCGUGUCGACGUCAUGGCACGCUCAAACUCAGGCCCGGUUGCCCGAACCAAAUUGGCCGAAUAAGGAGGGCCGAAGAGGGAAAAAGGCCGAGCAUAAGAAGAUGCGACGGGCGGUGAAGCGUAGUGUAAAUGCGGCGUUUGCUACGCAGUCGAGACUCCCUCCAGGUAGCCUUGGUGUUCCCGGAGUGGUGAUCCCUGAUGCUGUUCCUCCUGCACUUGGUAUCCCCGAAGUCGUCGUUGAUGCUUCCCUUGCCGAUCUCGAUGUGGCUGUCCCCUUUGAGCCGACCCAACAGGUUCCUAAAUUGGCUUGUGACCCAGACGAAGUGAUUAUUGUCGAAGCCCUUGUUGUUCGAAAAUUAGCACUCGAAGAGGCGUUUUUGGACUUUGGUGGGUUUUCGGUGCUGGGAUGA